UUUAAACAGCAGAAGAUGACCGCAACCCAGGUGAGCGCCCAAACACACUUGUCUGCAGCUUUGCCUGCAGCUAGCUUACUGAUUCUUGCGCACACAGCUCCUCGCUUAUGGAAGGACUGACGUCAAGGGCAAUUGGGUUGGAAUGCCGUCCCGAUUCCGCAACUUCAUUCCCUCCGAGCACUUCCCCGCCGAGAAAGAUCGAUACGUCCUCUACGUGAACUACUGCUGCCCCUGGGCACAUCGAACCAUUAUCGUGCACGCGCUGAAAGGACUGGAGGAUAUCAUACAACUGGUCGAGGUGGAUGCGAGGGAUGCUACACACGGGUGGUUCUUCUCAGGCCAGACGGGCCCUGCGCGCGAUCCUAUAUACGGCGUUCGGUGGAUGAAGGAGCUAUAUCUCAAGGCGGAUCCGCAGUACAACGGGAGAAUAACAGUACCCUUGUUGUGGGACAAGAAGCAUGAAACCAUUGUCAACAACGAGAGCAGCGAAAUCAUCAAAAUGUUCUUCGACGGCUUCGACCAGUUUCUGCCUCCAGAAAGACGGGAGGCGAAUAAAGGGCCAGCCGCCUUCAUCCCACAGCAUCUGCGGAGCGAGAUCGACACAUUAAACGCUUGGGUGUACGACAACGUGAACAAUGGCGUAUACAAGGCUGGCUUUGCUAGCUCACAGGCAGCCUACAACGAGCAUGUCAUCAGGCUGUUCCAGGCCCUUGACCGGCUAGAAGAUCACCUCUCAGAGCCAGGUCAUCAGCCGUAUCUGUUUGGCGCCUACAUCACUGAAGCAGAUAUCCGCCUUUACACUACCAUGAUACGCUUCGAUAUCUCUUACUAUACGCUCUUCAAGUGCAAUCUGAAGAUGAUUCGAACGGAUUAUCCACAUCUCCACGCAUGGCUGAGACGUUUGUACUGGAAUGAAGGGCCGGAGACUGCCGGGGGCGCUUUCAAGAACACUACUUUCUUCGAAGUGAUAAAACGCGGCUACUCUUCGGUUGCCGCUGGGAACGGUAUCACACCAAUUGGCCCUCUGCCUCAUAUCAUGCCACUAGAACUUCCCCGGUAGCUGUCCCUCGGAAUUUUGAGGGGCCAUAUAUGGAGUUUUGGUAUGCAUCCAGUUUCUGAAUUCGAGGCACUUGCUUUAUUCGUCAUGA